AUGGCCAGUACUACGAGUUCUAGCGAAGAUCAAAACUCCCACCAUGGACUAUUGCCGCCCCGGAUUGGUCUUGAGGCUGCAGGAGGAGCCGAAAACGAUGAGCGCUCCUCAGUGUCCAAGUUUUUCGAGGCUAUGAAUAACCCAGACUGGCGCCAACGCGGCAGUCAGACCGGAUCUGAUGAGUCGACUUACCCGGACUUUGCUGCCAAGAAGGCCCCACGAAGAGAAAAGCCGGUAAAGCGAGACAGUGCUGAGAACCGAAUGCAACUUUUCCCUUCUGAUGCAAGCUUUCUGAAUACCUUGAAUGCCGAUCCCUCUCAACCACGGCCUCGAAAUUGGCAUCCAUCAUCUGCCAAAACAGAAGACGGAACCAACUACAACGAGAUGGGAGGUAGGGGCCUAGGUGCGAUCAGGUCGAACCAGGCGAUUGAGAAUGGAGACAAACCAUGGGGGAUGAGUAUCAUCGAGAUUGUUCCUUUUUGUGGUGGCGGUGGUCAGCUUGCGGCCCAAGGUCGUUCUGAUGCUACUUACUCAACAGCAUCCAACUCGAAUGAUGUUGUAGAGAUUCGCCAUUUGGGAACGCAUAAAGCUCGAAAGGAUAGCAGCUUUUCAUUUUUGGGUCAGGAUCAACAUGAACAGCUUGCUGCAGCUCUCAGAGGGGCCGGCGAGACUCCAAAGAGAAUGAAGAGACCCGAAACAUUCAGCUCCAUGUACGAAGACUCGACCGGCGAAAACACGACUAGAUCAUCAUCGGUUGAGAUAAUCCUUUCCGGGAGCCCUACUCCAGACAUCAACCUGAUGAAACAAAAAGCAAGUCUUUUGGCCUCACGUGAACCCGAGAAUAAAGUGAGCCUUCUGAGCCACGAACGAGGCCGAAAUAUCGAAGGUGGUCUUGCUAGCGAUGGAGCCACCGAUGCCUUUGGUAGAAUGCUUCAACGCUUGCACAAAAAUAUGAACAAGGACCAAACAUCUCAAGGCAUCGAAAUGAAAGACUUUCAGCCCGAAAAGAGCAGCAAAUGGGUGGGAGUUGGAGGAUCCGGGAUGGGCGAAAACACUUCCUCGGAUUCGGGAUAUGCCAGCAUGCCUUAG